AUGUCUCAGUGGAAGAUAAGCGAGGCACUUAGACAACAGAUAUACAAAUAUGCAAAGCUGCCGCAGACAGGAGUCUCACUUCGACAAAUGGUCCAAUUUGGACCAAGACCCAAUCAAGGAACACUCUUUCACGCUUCAUAUUUUGCAGUACAUGAACUCCCCAUUAGACUAAGUCAUCGUGUUCGGGAAUUGGAGAAUUUACCGCAUGGGUUGAGUGAAGAACCUUCGAUUAAAUUAGUCAGAGACUGGUAUGCAAUCAGUUUUGAAGAAUUGAUGGCUGUUAAGGAACCCAAUUUAACUGAGGAAAUGAAGGAGAUUUUGUUGAAAGACAGGAAAGAUGAAUUUGGCUGGGAGAAAUCACCUGCUGACCAUGAGAGGCGACGCGCAGCGAAAAGGCGCAAAGAGUUCAUAUUUGAAGAUGACGGUAUUGUCAUUGAUAGAAGAAAUAAGGAUUCAGCGCUUGAAAAGGACGAUAGUGCAUCCAUUAUUGAAGUAGAAGAUACGAAAAGCCAUGAAGAAUCCGAAUUCGAGAAGCCUAUUGGACUAAAAACAUAUUUCCAAAGGUGUCCUAAUGACAUUGUUUAUCCAAAAGAAGUUAUAGAUUACAAUAUCAACGUCACAAAGGUAUUAACGAAAAUCAAGAGAAGACAUGACGCCACUGUUUCUACAUUGGCUACCGGUGUCCAAAAUUGGAAACAAAAGCAAAAUCAUAAAUACUUGAACAGUCCGAUAAAUCAGUUUUUAGAUAGAUUUUAUAUGAGCAGAAUCGGUAUUAGAAUGUUAAUUGGCCAAACGAUAGCACUUAAUCAACAAGCACAAAGAAACAUGCAAAAUGACGACUAUGUCGGUAUAAUUUGUCUGCACUGUAACAUUAAAGAAAUUAUUGAAGAUGCUGUUGACGCAGCACGCUUUGCAUGCGAAGAACAUUUUAAUACAAUGGAAGUUCCCAAAGUCCAACUAUAUUGUCCUUCAGAUUUGACCUUCAGAUAUGUUCCUGGACAUUUGGUUCACAUGCUAUUCGAGACUCUCAAGAAUAGUCUAAGAGCAACAAUUGAACAUCAUUCCAAAUUGAAUCCAGGCGUACCUCUUGAUGAUAUCGAGUAUCCACCAAUCAAAAUCAUUGUUGCCAAGGGGGAUGAAGAUAUAACCAUCAAGAUUUCCGAUGAAGGUGGAGGAAUUCCAAGAUCUGCAAUCCCACUAGUUUGGACUUAUUUCUAUACCUCGGCAGAGAAACAAAUAAAAGAAGACGAUAUGCUCGACGUCACCAAUAACUAUAGAGCUCCAUUUAUGGGGCUAGGCGUUGGGUUACCACAUUCUCGUUUGUAUGCUAGAUACUUCUCUGGUGACUUAAAAUUGAUUAGUAUGGAGGGUUACGGAACAGACGUUUACCUUCACCUUAACCGUCUCAGUAGCUCGUCCGAACCACUACAAUGA